ACCCGAAAGGCCCAACUCCGUCUAUAAAUAUUGGGUGUACAGAGGAGAGAGAGAGAGUGUGUGUUUGUGUAGAGAGAGAAACGCGGCUCACGGCUACGCGCGCCUGAAUCUAUGCUAGUUAUCUCUGAGAAUCAGUCUUCUUAUCCGUAAUUACCUACCAUUUCGCUCUGAAAUUUGAAGGAUUCCUACGAGUCUGUUGAUUUUAGGGUUAGGGUUUCGAAUUUUUUUUUUUCUCAGUUGAAAUCGUGAAAGGAUCUCUUGCGGCUUACCUGGAACGCUUUGGGACUGUUGUUUGAAGGUUCUUAACUAUGGAGUCCACUAUAGUGAUCAAGGUUAAAUAUGGAGAAACACUUCGACGCUUCAGUGCUCGUGUUGACGAAAAUGAACAUUUAGAUCUUGACAUGGGUGGAUUGAGAGGGAAGGUCCUUGGUCUCUUCAAUUUCUCUCCUGAUGCUGAUCUUACACUUACAUAUGUUGAUGAAGAUGGUGAUAUUGUAGCACUUGUUGAUGAAGAAGACCUGCAUGAUGCCGUUAGGCAGUCCCUGAAUCCCUUGAGGAUUACUGUAAGGUUGAACACAGAGAGGGUUGGUAGGUCUUAUGCAAGAUCUAGUGGAAGUUCUACCCCAAGGAGGUCACCUCAAGUUCAACAUCUAUUACCAAAAUUGAACACUGGUGUUACUGACAUUUUGAAAUCUGUACCAGAGCCAUUCCUUGAAGUACUUUCAAAAUUGUCGGCUGACUUGGCUUCUAAAGCUGCAUCCUCUGCUCCAGGGCUUGCUGAACUUGUCUCAAAGGCGGGACAAACCUACCAUAAUCCAGUUUCCAAUUCUCCGGCUGCUGCAGAAUCUAGCACACCAAGUGGCGUUUAUGGUAAUACCAUGAGUUCGUCUGCUUUAAAGGAUGACAGGGCCACAUCGGAUACCUUGCCAAAGUUGAAAGUUGAAGAGCCAGCUCCUAAAAACAAUCAGGAUGUGGAGGUUGGAAAUGUAAACGGCGUUGUGGGGGCCUCAGUAAAGCCAGUGUCUGGCUCUGUGGAUAGGAGGUCUGUUGGUUCUGCGUCAGUAGGUUUAAUGCCAAAUGCACCUAAAAUUCCCUUGGGUGACUUUAAGGAGAAGGAAAAGUCUACUGAAUGUAAUUUUGGAUGGAAGUCUGUUGGUGUUGGUGCUUCUAAUGAGGGGAUUACUUUAGCAAGUGACUCAGCUGCGACUAAUGCUCAGUUUGCUCCACGUGUUUAUCCAUUUAAAAGGAGCAACAACCGCAGUGAUGGCAUGGGAGGUGUGUUCCAUAGGGGUGUUCGCUGCGAUGGCUGUGGUGUUCACCCAAUAACUGGACCACGAUUCAAGUCUAAACAAAAAGAGGAUUAUGACCUGUGCAGUAUCUGCUUCUCAGUAGUGGGAAAUGAAGUUGAUUACAUCAGAAUGGAUCGUCCUGUAUCUUAUCGUCCUCCGUGGUCCUUUAAGGGGGGGUUGUAUUAUCCUAUGCAGCAACCUUAUGUUCGUCCUCCAACGCUACCACAUGCCUUGAGAGGUUGUGCGAUGAAGCCAAAUCGACCCAAGCUUGACAGUCGCUUCAUUCGGGAUGUUAAUGUUCUUGAUGGUACUGUCAUGGCCCCAUCAACACCGUUUACCAAGAUUUGGCGCAUGCGGAACAAUGGUACUAUAAUGUGGCCCCAGGGAACACAGCUUGUGUGGAUUGGGGGGGAUAGGUUAAGCGAAGCACUUUCUGUUGAGGCAGAGAUUUCUCCGGCUGGUCUGUCUGCGAACAAGGAGCUCGAUAUUGCAGUUGACUUUACUGCUCCUGAACUUCCGGGACGGUACAUCUCAUAUUGGAGGAUGAAGGCUCCAUCUGGUCAAAAAUUUGGGCAGCGUGUUUGGGUUCUCAUCCAGGUUGAUGCGACACUGAAGGACUCGGUGUAUGAUAGCUUUCAAGGCUUGAACUUGAAUCUGCCUCCUAGCAGCAAUGGUUUGGCAGGCCCUGGAAUUGAAAAUGCGGGCAUAGAUCCCAUGGUGGAUGAUAGCAUUUUGGAGCCUGAGAAUAACAUGGCUGAUGUAUCAGUCCAGCCAUUAGGUGACGAACACCCAAACAAGAACCCAGAGCCACAUUUACCUGUUGAUGGUACUUCUCCACUUGGUGAUGGUGUUUCAAACCCUGUUCCUCUGGAGUCUUCUUCAGUAUCAUAUCCCAUUAUUGAUUUGUCUGAUGUAGCACCGACUGCUCCUCCUCAAGCCCUAUCUCCUGUUACAAAUCUGCCCACAUCUGCUCAAGGUGUCAGUGGGAGCGAUGAUGUUGAGCAGACCCUCCUCAGAGAACUCGCGGAGAUGGGCUUCAGGCAGGUUGAUCUGAACAAGGAGAUCUUGAGGAUGAAUGAAUAUGAUUUGGAGCAAUCAGUGGAUGUUCUAUGCGGUGUUUCUGAAUGGGAUCCAAUGCUUGAGGAGCUGACGGAGAUGGGUUUCAGUGAUAAAGAAGUGAACAAGAGGCUGCUGAAGAAGAACAAUGGGAGUAUCAAGCAUGCGGUCAUGGAUCUAAUUGCUGGAGAGAGGAAGGAGGAGGCAUAAUAGCCAAAGAAGCUUGUUAUUCUGUAUGAAUAGCACACACAAACAUAUAUAUAUAUUAUAAAUAAAUUCAGGGCUUGCUUGUAGAAACGUUAUGAUGCUAGUUUUCACUGGUUUCUUGUGGGACGUUUUCCUUUAUUGUGACCUAGAUUACAAAAUUGAACGUUUUAAAUAAAUAUAUCUAUAUAUUUUAGUAUUGGCUUUAGCUUUUUACAA